AUGGCACACGGCUUCGCAGCUCACAAAGAAAUGGGGCUGAGGCCCUUUGCGGAAUAUUUCACAUCGAACCUGCGGAUCGCCUGUCUUGCCUAUGAUAAUCGUUGCAUUGGUGCAAGCGAUGGCGAGCCAAGGAGAGAAAUCCUCCCAGCACUGCAAAUCAGUGAUUACUCAGAUGCCAUUACGUUUGCGCAGUCCCUGCCAGAGGUUGACGCUGAGAAAAUUGCCAUCUGGGGCAGCUCAUUCAGCGGAGGUCAUGUUCUUACAGUUGGCGCUGUCGAUCGUCGGGUGAAAGCUGUGAUUAGCCAGGUGCCGUUGACCAGCGGAUGGGAUACCUUCCAUCGCUUAAACAGGGCGGAUUUGGUCCCAGGUCUAAACCAGCUCUUUGCCGAUGAUCGCCAGGCUCGUGCUAGGGGGGAAGAGCCCCGCCGGAUCCCCGUUGUGGACAAGAAUCCCCAAGCGCGUUCUUUUCUUCCUUCAUCGGACAGCUACAAUGGCUACAUUUCAGCCGAACCGUUGGGUUGGAAAAACGAUGUGACUCUAAAGAGCCUCGAAGCAUUCCGAGCAUACGAGCCUGCAGCACUCAUCCAGCACAUUGCCCCUGCCCCAUUAUUGAUGAUUGUCAUGGAUAAUGACGUUGUGACACCCACCGACAUUGCACUUGAAGCCUUUGCCAGAGCGAGGGAACCGAAGCAAUUGCACAUGCUACCGGGCGGACAUUUUGAUCCAUACAGCGGGCCACUCUUCACGAAAAACGUCCCGGUUCAGGCAAAGUUCCUGCAAGACCGUCUUUUGGAGUAG